AUGUAUACCUUCAGUAUAAGUGUACUACUCCAGGCAUUGCUAGUAGUCAGCAUCAGCUGCGCGGCAGACCAUGGCAACUAUCGAAAGCGUUUGUUAUUGACAUUUGCAUGGAUUGGAAGCUUCUGUGUCAUGUGCUACAUAUUCAUCUCUAAAGAGAUAUACAUAUUCGGCGCGCUGCUAGCUAUCGUCUCCAACACAUCUUUCGGGGCGUCCUUCGUUCUAUUAAACUCCUUCCUUCCUCUCCUUGUCCGCCACCAUCCGAGACUAUUGGAGUCGGUAACCGGCGUACCUGAAGAUGAUGACUUGGAAUCAGAUACUAUAAUCGACUCUCAUUCUCGGUCGACAUCCCCUACUCUAGCCGAGCACCCUCCAAACGAUCCGACAACCCCCUUGCUCUCGCGAAACGACGGCAGCUCUGACAUCCAUGAUUUGCGACGAAUACCUACUCACGAGGAACUUACCUCUAUUGAGCUUCAACUGUCCAGCGAGAUAUCUGCAAAGGGGAUUGGGAUCGGCUACGGCGCUGCAUUGUUCGUGCAAUGCGCCUCCAUAUUAAUAUUAGUGAGCAUGCAUAGUUCUAUUUGGUCGCAACGGGUCGUGCUAUUUUGUAUCGGGGCUUGGUGGGCCAUUUUUACGAUACCAGCAGCUAUAUGGCUCAGAGCCAGACCCGGGCCUCCCCUCGCGGAGAGCCAACACCGAGGCACCCGUGCUUGGAUAUCUUACAUUGUCUACUCGUGGAAGAAUCUAUUUCGGACGGUCAAGCUUGCACGCCGUUUGAUCGACGUUGUCUUGUUUCUGGCUAGCUGGUUUCUGAUUUCCGACGCUAUCGCGACGACUUCUUCAACUGCCAUAUUGUUUGCGAAGACAACCCUACAUAUGGAGCCGUGGGCAUUAGGAAUGAUUAAUGUUAUAUCUACGACCACGGGUGUCGCAGGUGCUUUCGGUUGGUCGUUUGUUUCUAGGUAUUUCAAGUUGAAACCCCAUCAGACUGUGCUGAGCUGUAUUGCACUUUUUGAAAUCAUACCUAUUUAUGGUCUUCUAGGCUACUUGCCUUUUGUCCAACGAUGGGGAGUUUUCGGGCUUCAACAGCCGUGGGAAAUGUACCCUCUAGCUGCCGUUUAUGGUCUCGUCCUUGGUGGACUUAGUUCAUAUUGUCGAUCACUUUAUGGGGAAUUGAUACCUCCCGGCUCUGAAGCUGCUUUUUAUGCAUUAUACGCCAUUACCGACAAAGGCUCAAGCAUAUUUGGGCCCGUUAUAGUAGGAGCCAUUAUAGACGCAUCCGGUGAGAUUCGACCGGCAUUUUGGUUCCUGGCAGCGUUGGUCAGCCUUCCUGCACCAUUCAUCUAUUUCGUCAAUGUCGAACGUGGCAAGUUCGAAGGAGAAAAACUGGCCGAGAUAAUCGAGGGCUUUAAGAGUAGAGAUGAUAUUCAUGAGGGCAGAUUUGGUAACGGUGUCGAUAGCCAAGGAAUUCUUUCGGCUUACGAUGGACAGGAUGAUGAGGAGGUUGACGGUCAUGCGAGGUCAUAA